UUUUGCCUUUUUUCUCCUAUGAUACUAUAACUAUAUCUGCAGCCAAAGUAAUUUCAUGAGCUUCCUAUGGUAGUUUAGUGCUUCCCAUCUGACUUCUCACAAAGCCUUAUUCUGCACAAAGUUUUAGUUCUCUUCUGUUUAAGUCCUUUUCCCCUUGCCUUUGUUUUUGUUUGCUUACAUAAAAAAGACUUCCACUCAAAUACAAAAUUUUAGUCUCCCAUGGCUAUGGUUAAAGUGACUUCAGCACUAGAAUCCAACAUGCCAAACAACUUGAACACAAAAAGUGGCAACAAUCUUCUUGAUGCCUCAUUUUCUUCUUACUUAAAUGGUACUGAAGAUACCUUUGUACACAAUCUUGAGUCAAGUGGAAAUUUGAGCAAGAAAACAGAUGAUGGAGAAAUAGAUAUAUUUAGUGCAGAAAAAUACUUCAAUGAAGGGGUUGAUGAAGAAAAUCAAGAAAAUGUCACAAAUAGUGAACCACAAAACAAACACAGGAUUGAUAAGCCAGCUACUAAUAUAUCUUCUUUGAAACAAAAUACUAGGCCUAAAACUCCAAGUAUUCAUUCAGAAUCAAGCUGGAAUAGUAGAAGUGCAUUAUUGCAGAAUAUUUCAAGAAAUCAUCAGCAUCAGCCACAAGCAAAUACCAAUAACAAGUCCUACGGCAAGAAAUUCCUUGCCAGAAUUGGCUGCAAUUGUUAUUGUAAAGACAAGAAUUCUGUUAAGGUUGAUGAUCAAGUCGGCGAAAACAGUUUCAACAAGGGAAAAUAUCAUGGAAAAUCAAAACAAAACCCCAUCAAAACAAGAAGCUUAGCUCAAAGUUCUGAGUCCAGUACAACAGGAGCUAAUCAUCAAGAUUUACACUUCAAGAAAAUUGAUGAAUUGGGAUUUGGAAAGGUUCCGGUUUUCGAUCCUAUAGCUGGAAAUCCAGGUGUCAAGAUACAACUGCAAAAGGAAGAAGACAUCAAUAGAAAGUCCUUAGAAGUGUUUGGCUCUUCAAUAACAGAGAAAGAAAGAACCAAACUGAGUCUUGAGAAAAAGGUAAGUAUGUUAACUUGGGAUGCAAUUGCUACAAAACCUGAAGAAAUUGAUAUUAUCAAUAUAGGAGCAAGUUCAAAUGGAACAUAUGAAGAUGAUUAUGCAGAAAGUGAUGCAAGUUCAGAUUUGUUUGAAAUUGAAAGUUUUCCAAGUAAUAAUACAGCAAAUCCAAGUUUUGCUAGACAAGGUUCAGAUGGCAUGUCAUGUUAUGCUCCAAGUGAAGUUAGUAUUGAUUGGAGUGUUGUCACUGCUAGUGCUGCUGAUUUCUCUAUAAUGUCUGAUUCAGAAGAGACGAAAAUACCCUCAAUUAGAACCAAGUAUGGGAAAGAAACAGCAGGGAGAGAGAAAGCGAAACGUCGUUCGGGUAUUCUUUUGGGAUGUAAUAGUCAUAAGGCUGUUGGAGUUGUAGGAGAUGCAUAUAAAGGUAGUGAAAAAACAUCAAUGGAGAUGACUCAAAGGCAGUUAAAGAAUGAGUGUGUUGUGCCAAUGACAAGGUUUCAUGCUGAGAGUAAGCUGAGUAGAUUUGAUGGAGGAAAUAGGAAACAUGAAUUUACUACAAGAUCAUUCUCUAGUUCAUAUACUGAACGUCCUGCAGAUUUCUUGUAUAUUUAGAAGAGGAAAAGGUUUUGGUUUAAAAAUUCAGAAUUUCCACUAUUUCCCAAUGGUGUAUCUGGUAAAGUUGCUCCUAUGGACUAGGAGGUCACAUGUUUGAGCCAUAAAAACAGCCUCUUGUAGAGGGUAAGGCUACGAAGAAUAGACCCAGCGGGAGCUUAGUGCAUCGGGCUAGCCGCUUUUUAUCAAUGCAGUUUCAAUAAUAAAUUGAACUAGCCAUUUUUCUUAGUUCUUGCUCUUCUUCUAGUGUGUAAUCUGCGACACUCAGUUUAAGUGUAUGUUGUGAAUUAAGCUGUCUAAUGCCAUACGUACAUCGUUUGCUUCUGUACUUGUGUUUUUGGCUUAUUUCCAAAGCUAUGUAACUGAAUUAUGAUAUUGUUCUUUCUAA